AAGCGAAUCUCUCUCUCUCUCUCUCUCUCUCUCUCUCUCUCUCUCUCUCUCUCUCUCUCUAUCCCUCUCGAUGACGCUGCCGAGAUCGUGUUCCUCUCGUUCGCCGUACUUUAUUACCGCGGGUAGUGGUUGAGAGUGAUCGCGAACGUGAGCGUGAGUGGCAACGAGCAUCGUUCGUGCAGAUGCUCCGGCGAUGAGAAUCACUUCCCGCGCGCUACUAUCGUCACCGAGCCGUCGUCUCAUACAGCCCUGGGUGCAAUCGAGAAGACCGCGACGUCGUUGAAUAGACCCCGAGAUCUCUGGCAGGAAAAGGGAAAGAAAGGAGCAGCCGCGAGGAAGAGGGCUCGUUGAGAGAUUCGAGAAUGUCGUUACACUAUUCUCAAAGAUACCGGUACCGCUCAGCGGCGAAAGCAGGCGGUGUCGGAGCAGGGGAGCAGGGUUCCGAUAGCGACGUGGCGGAACUCAGCGACUUCGAGGACGACGAGGACGAGGAUGGGGCUGGUGAAGCUGUCAAUAGGCAAGUGGUCAUGGAGGAGGACGAGGACGGUGAAGACGAUGAUGAGGACGAUGGGAAUGAUGACGACGAGGAUGACGAGGAUGACGAAGAAGAGGAAGAAGAGGAAGAGGAAGGCGAAGGACUGCCUUAUCCAGGCUUCGUUCCGAUCGCGCUGAGAUAUCUCGACCAAACUACACGACCGCGCAACUGGUGUCUCGCGCUGAUCACUAAUCCGUGGUUCGAGAGGGUGAGCAUGAUGGUGAUACUUCUGAACUGCAUCACGCUUGGAAUGUAUCAGCCGUGUGUGGAUGAUCAAUGUGUAACGAAUCGGUGUAAAAUAUUACAGAUGUUCGAUGAUAUCAUUUUUGCCUUCUUCUCCCUGGAAAUGACCAUCAAAAUGGUGGCGAUGGGGAUUUACGGUAAAGGAACCUAUCUCGCAGAUUCCUGGAAUAGAUUAGACUUCUUUAUAGUAGCAGCUGGCGCUUUGGAAUACUGCCUAAACGUGGAAAAUAUGAAUUUGUCAGCUAUACGGACGAUAAGGGUUUUAAGACCGUUACGAGCGAUCAAUCGAAUACCAAGUAUGAGGAUAUUGGUGAUGCUACUGCUGGACACUCUUCCUAUGCUGGGCAAUGUCUUAUUACUUUGUUUCUUCGUCUUCUUCAUCUUUGGUAUCGUUGGGGUGCAGCUUUGGGAAGGCAUACUGCGUCAACGUUGCUUCCUGAAGGCGUUGCCCAACAUCAAAUACCCCGAGUUACUCUCGGACGAGUACUCGGUUCGAUCACGCAUUUACGAUCUAGAGAAGUAUUUCGAGUAUCAGGGUCAGGAUUAUAUUUGCUCGCGUCCCGACGACAGCGGGAUGCACUCCUGCAGUAAUCUACCGCCGCUCAAAGUCGGAAACUUGGUAUGCAAUAGCACCGCCCUGCCGAACAAUAACGUCACGUUCAUCAACAAUGACACUUGUGUUAAUUGGAACUACUACUACACCGAGUGCAAGGGACAGGGCAACAAUCCAUUCCAAGGAACUAUUUCAUUCGAUAAUAUCGGUCUCGCCUGGGUCGCCAUAUUUCUUGUAAUUAGUUUGGAAGGAUGGACGGAUAUAAUGUAUUACGUGCAGGACGCCCACUCCUUCUGGGACUGGAUAUACUUUGUUCUUCUCAUAGUGAUCGGUUCGUUCUUCAUGAUCAAUCUUUGCUUGGUCGUAAUCGCAACACAAUUUUCGGAGACGAAGAAGAGGGAGAUGGAGAGAAUGCGGCAGGAACGCGCGCGCUAUCAUUCGACUUCGACGCUCGCGUCGUCUACGAAUACUUCGGAGCCUACUACUUGUUACGCCGAAAUCGUUAAAUACAUCGCUCACCUCUGGCGACGGAGUAAACGAAGACUGAUGAAGAGGUACCGACUGCACCUGUACAAAAGACAGCAAAAGCGGGAGCAGAACCUGCUCAAAGAACAGAGUCAAGCUUUCCGCUCGAAUGCUGCUGCAGGGUCAAAUCGAGUACCGGGUGAUGGAAGACUGCAUCAUGGAAGAUGUCCGCGACUUCUCGCCGCGCUAGAGUACGCGGAGCAACAGCAACAGCAACAGCAACAGCAACAGCAACAGCAGCAGCAAUUACAGGUGACCGUCAGUGGUAAUGGCGGAUCGAUGGUCAUCGAUUCCCCGACGAUUGCAUCCCCCUUACAGGCUGUCGCCGCGACUAUUACUAUGAACGCCGGCAAUAGUGGCAGCGGCAGCGGCAGUGGUAACAUUGCGCCUCGUGCUAGCCCUGAAAUUUCCGAGGCUGACAUUUCGACAAACGUCUGCCAUAGACUGAGCGUACAUCGCGCCUCCUCAAUUUCUUGUAACGGUAACGACAACGUCGUGGGACAUGCAGUCGAGACGAACAGCACGUUGUUGAGCCCGCCAUGUACGCAUUAUCGGAGGAGAAGCAGCGUAAUGUUUAGCGACGUGGUACUGCUGCAUGGCAGCAAUAAUGUCGGGAAUGCGUUGCAGCCGGGGACGACGGUGACAACACCGGGCGAACGUAAUGUUUGCUCAAGCGAGAAAAUGACGCAGACGGGUGAUGGCAACGUUUGGUCUAGUCCGCUGCCGGAUCACGUACAGAUGCAAGCUGAACUGGGUGUUAACGAAGCUAUGACAUGUCAAGAACUGCUGGCUCUCAGCGGUGCCCUUAGUGCCGCCCUACCAACCGGCCAGUUGGCGCUUGAUUCGUUUUUGAAUUCGCUUACAAAAGGUAUCACGGAUCGUCGUAUAACGCUGGAAGAUCGCACGCAAUGGCUUACAUCCGACGUUGACAAUUGUUCCUGCUGCUGUGAGCAACAAAGCGGCGAUCAAUGGCCGGAGGAUACCGAGAAGUGGCAGAAAUUGUCGCGCGCGAGAAGAUUCCUGAGAGCUAUCGGCAACUGCUGUAUCUGCACGUUGCGUUGCAUAAGACGGUGGAUCAAGAAACUCGUGGAGCACAAAUACUUCCAGCAGGGUAUUCUUCUGGCGAUCCUCAUUAAUACUUUGAGCAUGGGAAUCGAAUAUCACAAUCAGCCGGAACAACUGACGGUCGCUGUCGAAAUAAGCAACAUUGUGUUUUCGGCGAUCUUCGCGGUGGAGAUGUUGCUUAAAAUAAUAGCGGAAGGCCCGUUCGGUUACAUCAGCAAUGGCUUCAACGUCUUCGAUGGCAUCGUCGUCGUUCUAAGCGUCGUCGAGCUUUGCCAGGCGGUCGUAGAAGAGCGCGGCGGUAGUUCCGGCUUGAGUGUCCUGCGCACUUUCCGUUUGCUUAGAAUCCUGAAGUUGGUGCGAUUCCUACCGAAUCUACGACGACAGCUCUUCGUGAUGUUGCGCACCAUGGAUAACGUUGCCGUAUUCUUUUCUCUUUUAGUACUUUUCAUCUUUAUAUUCAGCAUCCUAGGGAUGUACCUGUUCGGGGGUAAGUUUUGCAUGUGGACGGACCGGAGUCGGCCCUGCACCUGUGCCGAGGUGGUCUCGCGGCACCCAAUGUGUCGCUGUGAUCGCAAACAUUUCAACGACAUCGUCUGGGCACUAGUCACUGUCUUUCAGAUUCUCACGCAGGAAGACUGGAACGUUGUCCUCUUCAAUGGUAUGCAGAAGACUUCGCACUGGGCCGCACUCUAUUUCGUAGCGUUGAUGACCUUCGGCAAUUACGUUCUCUUUAAUCUCCUGGUAGCCAUUCUCGUUGAGGGUUUCUCGUCGGAGAGAAACGAGAGAAGAGAACGAGAGCAGAGAGAAAUGGAGAGAAGGCUCGCCGCUAAAGAAGCCGGGAUAGGCAGCGAGGACGGAUCGUCGAGAGUAUCGAGAUCACAUUCAAUCUCUGACAGCGAUACGUAUACCCAGGACCGAAAGAAUUCGUGGCAAAGCGCGGAGGAGCUGAGGAAGUAUAAGGAUAACAGAGAGAAACAGAACAGCGUGUGGAAACAACCGAUCGAUGAACCGAAGUGUAACAUCCAGAAGGAGAGCAAGAUGAUGGGUGUGGCGGGGCAGCCGCCAAUAAUCACUCACACGGCAGCCACCCCUCAAGACUCCCCAAAUACCACGUUGGAUGUCGGCUAUAGAGAUCUUAAUUGUCGUGCAGUUUAUCCCGCCGCUGCCCUUUCAAUCGAGUCCAUCGACCGAUCUGGUAGUCAGUGCAGCAUACCCUCGGGGUUGUUAAAGCUGCCCGAUGUCUCUAAUAAAAUACCGACAAAUAACUUAAUAGCCGGCCAAUUUCCGAGACGGAUAAGUCUCGUUACGGCCGUCGUUAAUCCCCAGACGAGGGAUUCGAGCUCCAGCCCGCCGAGAAUACAGAGAGGAUAUUCGUGGCGCUUAUCACGACCGUCUCUGAGGAGAAAGAGAUGGUCGCAGGAUGACGAUGAGAAUACCAAUCAUACUACCGUACUUAAUAACGGGCGCAGCACUCUCGCAGUCGGUCCCAAUCAAACCUUUAACGGCGGUUAUUUGCACGGUUCGAUAAGAAACGACACGCAACGCGACGCGCCCAACAAUCGAACUACCGUCCUGACGAGCAAUAAUCGUAGUCUGAGCCCUAAUAAUUCUCUUGAAAGCCAUGGCCAAUCGAUUCGUCGUUACACAGUUACGCCUAAUCAGAUGCGAUGGAUUGGCGAGCUUUCACGAAGGAACUCGUUGCGCGGAUACGAGAACGUUCACGAAACAUCAACGAAGAAGACGCUACCGUUGGACGAGAUGCUCGCUCCGUCCUCGACUCCCCGCACAAUUAACAAUCUCUCGAUGGAAACUGGCCCACUGCCAAGAAUAAAACGACUUCACGAACAAGAGGAAGAGCACCUCAGAACAGGCGAGCAGACGCCGCCAUCGAAUGGCCAUGGAAGUGCGAGCAGCGUCGAGAGGAUCAAAAAGAUAUUUAUGUUUUUUGAACCUAAGGGCUGCCUAAAAGAACGUGAUGAUUAUUCCUUGUAUCUAUUCCCACCUAACAAUAGGUUUCGUAUUUUCUGCCGAUGGUUUGUUGAUCAAAAAUGGUUCGACAAUGUGGUACUGCUGUUCAUUGGAUUGAACUGCAUUACUCUGGCGAUGGAACGACCAAAUAUACCACCGGACAGUCGCGAGAGACUUUUUCUAUCCACCGCGAAUUACAUUUUUACUGGCGUUUUUGCCAUCGAGAUGUUCAUUAAGGUCGUCGCAACGGGUAUGUUGUAUGGUUCAGAUGCAUAUUUCACCUCGGGCUGGAAUAUCAUGGACGGAUCUCUGGUUAUUAUUUCCAUAAUCGACUUGUCGAUGUCGUUACUUUCAUCCAGUAGUCCGCGGAUAUUUGGAAUAUUAAGGGUUUUUAGAUUACUAAGGUCAUUAAGACCCCUGCGAGUCAUCAAUCGCGCGCCCGGUUUAAAACUGGUCGUUCAAACCUUGUUGUCUUCAUUACGACCCAUCGGCAACAUUGUCUUAAUCUGUUGCACGUUCUUUGUGAUCUUCGGUAUCCUUGGAGUACAACUCUUUAAGGGUGCGUUCUAUUAUUGCGAAGGCCCUGACAUCAAGAACGUACGCAAUAAGACGGACUGUCUGGCCGACCAUCGAAACAUGUGGCUGAACAGAAAGUAUAAUUUCGAUGACCUCGGCAAAGCUCUCAUGUCGUUGUUUGUUUUGUCAUCGCGAGAUGGCUGGGUGAACAUCAUGUACACAGGUUUAGACGCAGUUGGAGUCGAUCAGCAGCCUAUCGAAAAUUACUCCGAGUGGCGAUUGUUAUAUUUCAUCGCAUUCAUACUACUGGUGGGUUUCUUCGUGUUGAAUAUGUUCGUCGGCGUGGUGGUAGAGAAUUUUCACAGGUGCCGCGAGGAGCAGGAAAAGGAGGAGCGCGUACGUAGAGCGGCCAAGCGAGCAUUGCAGAUGGAGAAAAAGAGACGAAGUGAGUGGCCGCGGUCUCAGCUAGAGAUGCACGAGCCACCGUAUUAUACCAAUUACUCCAAGUCGCGGCUAUUCGUUCAUAACGUCGUAACGUCCAAGUACUUUGACCUGGCGAUCGCGGCUGUAAUCGGUCUCAACGUUGUCACAAUGGCAAUGGAGUUUUACAUGAUGCCGAAGGCGCUCACCUACGCGCUGAAGAUAUUCAACUAUUUCUUCACCGCCGUCUUUAUACUUGAGUCGCUUAUGAAGCUCGUUGCUCUCGGUUUGCAGCUUUAUCUCAAGGACAAAUGGAAUCAAUUAGACGUAGGAAUAGUGAUACUAUCGGUGGUCGGCAUCGUGCUGGAGGAAGUCGAGUCCAAGAUAAUCCCCAUUAAUCCUACGAUAAUUCGCGUAAUGCGAGUGUUGCGGAUAGCCCGAGUGCUAAAACUUUUGAAAAUGGCGAAGGGUAUACGCGCCCUUUUGGAUACGGUAAUGCAGGCAUUGCCGCAGGUUGGCAAUUUGGGACUGUUAUUUUUCUUGCUCUUCUUCAUUUUUGCGGCGCUAGGGGUGGAACUUUUUGGUCGACUAGAAUGCAGCGAUGAGAUGCCUUGCCAAGGUCUUGGCGAGCACGCGCAUUUUAGUAACUUUGGCAUGGCCUUCUUGACGCUUUUCCGGGUCGCCACUGGCGACAACUGGAAUGGAAUCAUGAAGGACACGCUAAGGGACGAUUGCGAUGACGCUGCAGACUGCGUCAAAAAUUGUUGUGUGAGCACCAUCAUCGCUCCGAUAUUUUUCGUCAUUUUUGUUCUGAUGGCGCAAUUUGUACUGGUGAAUGUCGUCGUUGCUGUGCUGAUGAAACAUCUGGAAGAGAGUCACAAACAGAUGGAAGAUGAACUCGAUAUGGAAACGCAAUUAGAGAGGGAAUUAGCCGCGGAGCAGGAAGAGCUUUUAGAGGAGGAGGAGGAGGAGGAGGAUGAGGAUGACGUAAGGAUGAACGGUAGAUUGGAUGGUGAGGAGGAUGAAGACGAUGAGGACAGGGAACGAGAAUCCAUGGUCGGACAUGAAAAAAUACUCGUCGCACGACCAGGAUUGGCCAAAGUUCGUUCCUUACCUGCGAACUUUAUUUACAACCCACCGAGAGAGAGAAACGCCGAUGACGUUUCAAUUUCCGUGUCUUUGGAUGAAAAACGUCGCAGUUCGUAUUACCGUUCGAAUUCAAGACCGUCCAAGUUCAAAUCGAAACGCCGGCAAACCUUCCAUUCGGGUCACCAUCAACGAAGAUCAUUACUACCAAUGCAUUUCGAGGUCGCCGAGGUUUUUGAAAAGCCAGUUAGCAAUUUGACCGUACCUCGAAUUAUUCCGCAUCGUAAUUAUGCUGCAGUUAGUCACGACAUCAGUCACGUGCAAUGUCAAAAGUCACAGCUAACCACCGAAAUACAAGAGAAGUCUCGGUUAAGUGUAAGCAAACCACUGAUCAGCUCCCCGUCGAUCACGCCCGUCGGCUCCAGCAGCACCCUCAGCGUGCCACCGAAAUUAAGUAGCGACCGUUUUCUCAUGCCGACUGCUGACACUUACCCGUCCAAAGCGAUGAUGACUCGCCGGACAUCCAGCGACACGCAAUCCCCGUCGCAGUCGGACACGAGCGCGAGCGCGGCAACGGCCAGUGGCAUGAGAACGCCUAGCAUCGCGAAUGGCUACGCUGGUGGCAGCAAACCUCGGCAGCUGGAAGAGCAGCAGCAGCAGAAACCAAAGGAAGAGAGACGCGUAACGGUGACGCCGACGGCGGUGACUAUGGAUGAUCUCGACGUACAGUCCAUUAUCAAUGAGAGAAGACCGUCCAAAUUGAGGACGCACGGCGCUGGGGCGUCCGCCGCCACCAGCUCCAGUGAUCAGUACAGCGCAGCCAUCCACGGUGAAGGCUACGGACACAUCUACGCUGCUGACGACAGAUCCGACGAGCUGUCGCCGUGCGGCAACGCGAGCGAGGGCACCGGCAGCAUCAGCGUCGCAGCUAGCCUGAGCGCGGCCGGCAGCAUCAGCUGCGGCAGUGGCAGCGGCAGCGGUAGCGGCAGUCGAAGUAACGGUGCUGCUGGCGUCAGCGGGGUUCACAUCGGUGAGGGUGGUGCUAUCGGAUCCGAUGUGAGAAUAUAUGUGGACGACACGGACUCAGUGAGCAGCAACAGCCACCGGCGGGCCAGACUGCACGAUGACCAGACCUUGGACGCCUCGAGCACCGUCUCUUCCACCACAACAAUGAGAGAUGGGGGUGGAGACAUUGGUGGCAGCUGCACUGGUGGCAGUGGCAUCGGUGACAGCGGCAGCGGCGGCGGCGGCGGCGGCGACGGCGGUAACAAUGGCGGUGGCAGUGUCAGUGGCAGCAACGGCAAUGGUAGUAACGGUGCCAACAGUAACGGCAACGGCAAUAGCAACAACGACGGUGGUGGCAGUGGUGGUACGGAAAAUGGCCGGGAGACUUCAUCCGAAAGACCAUCCUCCGUUGGCAGGCCGCUGGAUCCAUCUUAAUUGAAAACAAACGAACCGAAGUAGUCUAGUCAUACGUAUUACGUCAGCGGCAAGCCACGAAUUAAGCGAGUUCGGAAACGUGGUAGCGUUCAUGCCAAAAAUAUCACCUGACGCUCAGGGUUGCGAAGGACUCGAGAAAGGGCUCUAAGAAAGACUGUAGCGCAUGACAAUAUAGUCGUUAUACUCUAGUUACUUCGCCGCCGUGAAUUUGCCAAAAAGAACAAAAAAAAAGAAAAGAAAAACAAGCGAGCCGAGCAUUUUUUCUGUUUUUUUGUUUUAAGAAAAAAUUGGAUUCUUCGGAGAGGUGGAAGGGAAGAUGGAAGAGAGAUAGAGAUGAGAGAGUAUGAGAGAAAAAAUCAUCCCGUUUACGCGAACGGUCGUGCAAACGUGGACAUUAUAGUUAGGGGAAAUCUACCAAUGCGUAGCGCACAGCUAUGUAAAAUGUGCACCAUGCGCGCGCGUAGCGCGACUUAAAAACCUAUGACAAUCUCUUAUUGCCAACGGAACCGACCUCUCGUGUUUCGUUUCCCGAAGCGUCGUGGAAGUUGAACCGUA